GAGAUGGAUGAGGUAGAGGACCUCCUGGCAAGUGUGCUCAUUGUGGUUGAAGAGGUCAUACUAUAGAGCAAUGUUGGGAUCUCUAUGGUAAACCUCCUUGUGUCACUAUUGUAGCCACCACAGAUUCCAUACUUUCGGGACCGAAUGGGGAGCAGCGUGCUGUAUCUAUGUCAGAGGAAGAGUAUUCCAAAUUCCAGCAAAGUUAAGCAUCCCAACAUGCAUUCGCCCAUUGCAUCUCUUAGACAGGGAGAUGAUAUCAGAUUUGGUAGAGGAAGCUGAGGUAGGAGGAAAGAAGAGCAUAAAGAGAGAGGUGUUGGAUAUUGCAACAAGCAGUAGUACUUGUGAGCAAGCAUUAAUGGGGAGGAGAGUGGUACAGCUGAUGGGCAGCGCUGUUCCUCCUAAUUCAGCCACCUCCUCAUUAUCCUCCUCCUUGUUGAACAACAUCACCCCUUGUGCCGCCUGCAAGCUCCUCAGAAGGCGCUGCGCCGAGGAAUGCCCCUUCUCCCCCUACUUCUCCCCUCACGAACCCCACAAGUUCGCCGCCGUUCACAAGGUCUUCGGAGCCAGCAACGUCUCCAAGAUGCUCAUGGAGGUGCCGGAGAACCUAAGAGCCGAUGCUGCGAAUAGUUUAGUGUACGAGGCGAAUGUGAGGCUGAGAGACCCGGUGUACGGAUGCAUGGGUGCAAUCUCAGCUUUGCAGCAGCAAGUUCAAACCCUGCAGGCUGAACUUUCUACGGUAAGGGCCGCCGUGCUCCGGUACAAAUACAGAGAAGUGGCUGCUGCUGCUGCUAUAGUCUCCGUCGCCGCUCCUCCACCGCCUCUUCCUCCUACGCCGCCGCCUGCUCUUUCUUCUUCGUCCUCCUCCAAUGACCUUUCUUCGUACACGUUACUGCAACCUUCAAGCACGACUACAGGCUAUAGCUCCAUUUCUGGUGAUGAUGUUCCAUACUUUGGGUAGAUAGUGAUAAGCCUAUUAAUUUUUUUUGUUUUUUUAAAUUUUUCCCUUUCCAAGUUCUCUUUCCUAGCUUUGUUAUAAUUUAGCAUAGUAGAAAUAUUAGGAAUUGUUCUAGGCUCCUAGCUAGCUUGUUCUUCAUUGAUCUGUUUGUUUACCGAGAAAACAAGGGAAAAGUAAAUUUGAUUAUUACUGCAGCCAAUCCAAUCCCAACCUGUUAAUGGGAUCGAUCUAAAAGUUUCCAUCUAACUUUCUGAUGUCUUCUCAGCAAUCAAAAUGUAGACUUUCUCAUAUUAAUUCAACUAGGGUUUGUCAAAA